CACCAUACAAAGUUUUCAUUAAGAGUCGAAGAAGUGGAAAAAGUUCAGUCAGUCGCGCAGAGUUAUCGGUGGAAGAAAGUCGUGUUUUUUGUGUUCAGUAGUUAGACGUGCUUGUAAUUUUUUAAGCAUUGGUAAUUUAAGUAGAGUAAUCAAAAAUGAAAGUCACAUUUCUACUAGAGUUGUUGCUGAUUCUAAUAAUAAUUGCUUUCACCGCCUCGAAACCAAUCGAAGAAGGACGAGGUGUGCGAAAAGGGGCUCUGAUCUACAGACAAGCAGAUGAAGAUGUAGCAGAUACCGUUUCGGUGGUUGAGGCUGCACCGGUUCCGGUAGUACCAAUUACUGGCGGUGAUGACGAUGACGACGAUGAUGAUGAUUCUGACGAAUUCGAUUUAGGUGACGAUGACUCUUCUGAAGAUGAUGAUGCCGAUGACGAUGAUGAUGACGACGAUGAUGAUGAUUUGAUUGGAUCAGUAGAAGAUGAGAUCGAUGACGAUGAUGAUGAUGACGACGAUGAUGAUGACGAUAUAGCACCAGUUGCUGCAGCCGUUCCGUCGGUUGUAAACCAGCAGAAACAGACGGCAGUCGGUCAACCAGCUCAGCCUUCUCCUGCCGUUGACGAAGAUGAUGACGACGAAGAAGAUGAUGACGAUGACGACGAUGAUGAUGAUGACGAUGACGAUGGUUUGGGGUUUUUCGGUGAAGAUAUUCUAGGAGCCUUCGGUGAUGACGACGAUGACGAUGAUGAUGAUGACGACGACGACGACGAUGAUGAUGAUAGCGUUGCUGCUGUCCCUCCGCCACCGCCAGCCCCACUUGUUGCAGAACCAGUUCCAGUUAGCUCUGCAACCACCGUUCAGAAGACUAAGAAAAAGAAGAAGCCGGUACCAGUUAAGGAACCAGUGAGUGCCGCUAAUACCCAGGCCCUGCUUGAUCUUGCCCAAGCCGCUGCUGCACAAAAUGAAGUUGAUGCUCCGCCUAAAACAAAACCCGAAGGCAUCGAUGUUAACAAUGAGGUUAAUAAGAUCGUUGAAUCACUCGCUGCACAGAAAGCUGACCAGAAUGCACAACAAGCUACAGAACCUGCCGCCGACGAGGAGGAAGAAGUAGAGUACGACGAGGGUUCCCCAGAAAAGGUACAAACACAAUCAUCAGAUAACAAUAAAGUUGACGUUGUUGCCGCUCCUGCAGCUGUGACUUCGACGAAGCCGACCAGUGACGACGAGGACAUCUUCGAGGGUAUCACGUCGCUAGUGGACGAUGAUGACGACGACGACGAAGACGAUAGCGACGAAACGACCGCCCAGAAGGUAGACCAAACUGCCACGAAUAGCGAAAACGAGACACAACCUGAGGACGCUGAAGACGAUGAUGACGAAGAGGAAGACAGUGAUGAGUUAAUCGAUGAAAGCGCAGUGGAAGAAAUUGCGGAAUCUGACGUGUGAGUGUGACCCAUCUGCUUCUCAGCAUCCAACGAAACAAAAACUUUAGCUGAAUGUACAGAAAGCGAGAGAAAUAGACUCCUUCAAAAUGGGCACACAUAACUUAUGAACACAUCAGUGUCCUCAUUCCCACCCAAAACAAUAAUGCUCAGAUUCUUCGAUUUACGAAGGUUCACAGACAACCGACACAUUUGGAUAUCAGGAAAACAUCAACAGACUUCUAGUGUUAGGUUAAUUUAUUUAUUUAUUUAUUUAAAUUAUUUAUUAAUUUAUUGAAUGUGUGGAAGACGAUGGACCCCAACAAUAAAACAUCAAUAAAACCGA